AUGUCCUUAGUGGCGUACGCCAGCAGCGGCGAGGAGGAGGAGCAGGGGGAAGAGGCCGCGGCGGUGGCGGGAGGAGAGGAGGAAGCCGCGGAGGAGGAGGAGAAGGCGGCGGCGGCGGGCGGGGGUCUCUUCUCCUCGCUGCCGCCCCCCAAGGGCAGCCGCGGCCCGGCCUGGCUCCCCGCCGCCGCGCCCCCCUCUCCCCCUCCGGCCGCCUCCGAGCCCGCCGUCCCGCCGCCCAAGCCCAAGAAGAGGCCGCAGCCCGUCAGGAUCGCCGCCCCCCAGCUGCGCUCGCCCGACUCAGAUUCCGAGGAAGACGACGAGCCGGCGAAGAAGCAGCCGCCCUUCCCGGGCCACGGCGAGGGAUCUGGCUUGUCCGCAUUGCUUCCUCAGCCCAAAAACUUAACCGUGAAGGAGACAAACAGGUUGCUUCUCCCUUAUGCUUUCACAAAGAAAGUGUCAGAGAACUCCCAGCAGGAGCCAAAACCGGCCAAAGUUCCGGCAUCCACCUCCAAGCCCCUAAAGGCAGUGUCUGCCGUGACCAUGACAACCCCCUCUCCGUCUGCCAUCAAGGCCGCGGCAAAGAGUGCGGCCCUGCAGGUGACCAAGCAGAUCACCCAGGAGGAAAACGACAGCGACGAGGAGGUGGCUCCUGAGAACUACUUCUCCUUAUCGGAGCCUCCGACCAUCAGCCCGGAGCCCUUUGCUUACUCGGGGGACGUCUUGCCGGAUGAUGACCUGCCCCCUGGGACAGAGCCAGGCCCUGAGCCAGAGAGCCAGGAUGCUGCUGCCAAUGCCCCCCUGGAGUUCAAGACUGCGCCAGGAGGAGCCAGCUCCCAAGCUGCCCAUGGAUGGGCACCAAAGCCUGGAGAAGACUAUGGCAGCCAGCCAUACAGUCAGUACCCUGGCAUUGCCAGUGGUUACUAUGAGGAUUACUACAGUGGGGGCUACUAUCCCGAAACUGCUGACCCAGCCCUCGGACCCCCCCAGGAAAUGAGCAGCGACGCCUCUUCUUUCAUGGACGACGAAGCGUUCAAGCGUCUCCAAGGCAAACGGAACCGUGGGCGGGAAGAGAUCAACUUUGUGGAGAUCAAGGGGGACGAUCAGCUGAGCGGAGCCCAGCAGUGGCUGACCAAGUCCUUAACGGAGGAGCAGAACAUGAAAUCCUUCAGCAAGAAGAAAGGCGAGCAGCCCACCGGGCAGCAACGCAGGAAGCACCAGAUCACGUACCUGAUUCACCAGGCCAAAGAACGCGAGCUGGAGCUGAAGAACACGUGGGCGGAAAACAAGCUCAGCAGGCGGCAGACGCAGGCCAAGUAUGGCUUCUAGGCCC